AAGUAUAAUCAUUUGUAAAAGCAGUGGCGAAUCAAAAUCCAAAACGGCACUAUUUAGCUUCAAACCCUAUCUCUCUCCGCUUUUCUCCAAUUUAGAGAAUGCCAGACAUGCUUGACCACAACGGCGCUCCCAUCAGUUCAGUAAACGCCACCCCCAGCCGCGUGGCCACCAUAAGCGUGGUGGAUCACUGUCUCCCUUACGAAACCCACAACCUAUACGAUGUUACUUUCCACACUCAUACCAUCCACACCCUCCUCACCUCCGAUCCCUCCCUCGUUCAUUCUUGGAUCUCCACCAACGUCCGCAGCAAUCAAACUGGGCUCAUGGUGGGCCUGGACAUCGAGUGGCGGCCCAACACGCAGCGCAACAUGCAGAAUCCUGUUGCCACACUCCAACUAUGUCUUGGUCAACACUGCCUCGUCUUCCAGAUCCUUCACUCCCCUUCAAUUCCUUCUUCACUAGUUUCCUUCCUUGCUGAUUCCAAUGUCACAUUCUUUGGUGUUGGGAUAGAAGAAGACGCUGAGAAGCUUCUAGAAGAUUACAAUCUCCAUGUUGUUAAUAUUCGCGACCUUCGUUCUUUUGCGGCAGAGAAGCUUCGUGACAGGGAAUUGAACCGAGCCGGGAUUAAAUCGUUGGGCCUCCGCGUGCUGGGUUUGGAGUUUGAGAAGCCCAAACGAAUCUCGAGGAGUAGGUGGGACAAUCCCUGGCUCACUCCACAGCAGAUUCAGUACGCGACUGUCGAUGCGUUUCUCUCUUACGAGAUUGGACGCAGAUUGAGUGUGUAAGUUAAUUAAUAGUAUGGUUUCUCUGAUCGCAUUUUUAGGAAAGAAAAAUUAAAGAAAAAAAUUGACUUUUGUAUAAAUUAAAAAUAAGAAUUAAAAAAAAGAAAGUUAAUUUUAAUUCUUAUUUUAUUUUCUUAUAAAUGCUUACAGAGAAACCAUUAUUAGCUUAUUUACUACAAUUUACAGUUUUAGCCGCGCUAACUACAAUUCCAUGUGUUUAUAUCUGUAUUGUUAUAUAUAUUUAUGUUGCUACUGUUUAUGUUUAUGUGUGUUUUCAAGAACUCAUGAUAAUAAGGUUUUAUUUAUUUUGAGAUAUCAUAAUAUGUGUAUGGUAUUAAAACAAAGUAGUUGGGUUGACUCU